AUGAUUUCAAACCUGUUGAAGGAGGAAACUGUGCCUCCUGGUUAUGAUCCUGAACAAGAUGUCGUCAACAAACCUAAAUCCAAAUCGUCUAAGACAAAUGAACGAAAGAAGGAGAAGCGCUUGCAGGGUAAAAAUAAAGUUUCAUCUACUGGAGACGAGGAAGAAGCAUUGGAAUCCAUUGAGUCGAUUGCGUCCCACAUAAACGAGAUCACGAUUUCUGGAAAGCCAUGUGUUGCUACUACUACUCCCUCAAAUUCAUUGGAAUCACCAUGUUUUCUUCAUCAGACUCAGACUGAUGAAGAAAAUGAUGAAAUCGGUGAUCAACUGUUACAGGAGUCAAAUGGUAGAAAUAUUGAGAAACGACAAGCAUCCAAGGAAGAUUUUCCAAGUGCACCUCCAUUUUCAGGUUCAUUUGGGGAAAUCAAGCAAGAGAAGGAACAUUCUCCCCUUCCUAAAGCUAAUUAUAUGUCAUCUACAGCUGACUCGGUUGACUUUUUAGCUAAGUCAACUGUAGAGAAGAAGACUCUUGUUGUAGAUUUGAAAGCAAUUAAUAAACAGGAGACCUCAAACGCAUCUAGGCAAGGAAAUUGCUGCCAACUGGCACGAGAAAUGCAUUUUACCUUGCUUGGAGCAGGAUCUUUUGUGGUGCAUAGCCUCUCAGCAUUUCUGAAUUCAUUUCUCCAAAACUUUGGGAUAAGCCAAGAAGUCCAGAACCCAGUUUCUGUUUUUGUGGUGCUUGGAAUCAUUUUGUUAGGAGCUGGUUUCGGAUAUUGGCUGGUGAGGAAAUAUAUUAUUUGUGAAGAUGGAGAAGUUGAUGUUGGAGUUGCACAAUUUAUCAAAUGGUCCAUGCGUAUAGUUGCAGUCCCAUGUAUUAUCCUGCACGAAAGACACCCAUUUGGCAAUGGCUGUAGUGGGGUUUUGUUUGGGUGUAUACUACAUGAUCACGAAGAUUGUAAGGAAAAUGCCAUGUAG